UUGAUCGGCAUUUUUGAAGGUAAAUAUCACACAUAUUGUUCGAAUCAAUCAGAGACUUACCCAAUAAUCGGAUUACGUAUUGGUUUUGAUGAAAUUCUACAACGAUGGGAAACACGAAAUGGCAAAAUUCGUGCACCAGCUGGUUGUUAUUGUUUCGAAUCGAGAAUUACGAUCGAUGAGAACUGUCCUGGCACACUAAUCACUAAAAAUGGAACCAUCGAAUAUGCGAUCAUUGUUAAGUUAAAAACCAGUGGACGAAUAGGCCAUUCAGAAAAUGUGAAGAUGAAGCCCGUAUUUGUUGUUCCGGUUGUUGAUAUUUCAUGGUAUACUUCAUUUCGAGCACCAGUAUUCGUUCAAAAAAAUUACAAGAAAAAGUUUCUAUGCUGCAAUAAAAUCAAUGCUACUCUAUGUAUUGAAUUAGAAAAAGCUGCCUUCAUUACAGGUGAAAAAAUAAAUGUUUAUGGCGAGAUAGAUAAUCAACACAACUCGAAACCAAUUAAAGAAGGACUCGUUGAAUUAGUUUCCGUUUUUCGUUGUCGUUGUAAAGGAGCUCAGAAAUAUUCGUUAAUAUUAGUUAUUUUCAAAUUAGAAAAUUUCACAGUUCAAAUUGCUCUAUGA